CAUAAUAAACCCCUGUAGGUGAAAUCAGUGGAUGAGAGACGGUUGAGGAACACGGCCGUAACAAUCUAUUUUUCAGUAUCAAGACGCGUUUCUCAUACAUCUAUAUUUUUUUCUCUCGAGAACUGCCAUUAUUUACGUGGAUAUAAUAUUAUGGUGUGAAGAUGGCCUGACGGCCGGGGACGGAAUGUUAAUCUCACCAACGCUUCUCCAAUAUAUCCGCGUUGACCAGUAUCUCUACUCCUGGGACUUGAACAUGGAUAUCGCCGAUGGAGCGGAAGAUCUUUCCUUGGAUGAGAUUUUAUCGUUGUACAGCCAGCCGAUCAACGAAGAGCAGGCAUGGGCUGUUUGUUACCAAUGUUGCAGAACUUUGGCUCGGAAACACCGCAGGAUAAAUUCCCAGACUUCUGGCUCAUCUGUUUGGGAUUUGCCGAGAAGGAUUGAAGGACCUGGCGAUGUACGGAUUCUGAGAGAUGGAACAGUUCAAUUGCACCACCAAGACCGCACAGAUAAAUACAGACCUCCCAACACGUCCUUAGAGGUGAUUGAAUCUCUGGGAAUCAUGAUCUACAAGGCAUUGGACUACAGUCUGAAGGAGAGCGAGGAGAGAGAACUCAGUCCGCCUCUGGAGCAGCUCAUCGACAUGAUGACCAACAUGGCAGAGAAGGAGAGGGACAGUGACCCCUGCCCUGAUGAAGGUUACGAGGCCACAGAGGAGGAGGAAGACGAGGAAGACCCAAACACUGUCUGUAAUGUAAAAGGAUUCAGAGACAUCAUCAUGCUAUGUACGUCCCACCUGCCCAGCCCCUCUGAUGCCCCUAACCACUACCAGGCUGUGUGUCGGGCGCUCUACGCCGAGACCAGAGAGCUACGCAGCUUCCUGGAGAAGAUCAAGAGUGCCAAAGAGGCUAAGUUCUGGAUGCAGGUGAUGGGUGACCUGCGUAACGGGGUCAAGCUGAAGAAGGUCCAGGAGAGACGGUACAGCCCUCUACCUGUAGAGUUCCAGCUCACACCUUAUGAGAUGCUGAUGGAUGACAUCCGCUUCAAACGAUACAAACUACGGAACGUCAUGCUGAAUGGAGACAUCCCUCCCAGGUUAAAGAAGAGCGCUCAUGAGGUCAUCCUGGACUUCAUCCGCUCCAGACCACCUCUCAACCCUGUUGCUGCCAGGAAGCUGAAGCCCCACCCUGCGCGGCCGCGCAGUCUCCAUGAGCGCCUCCUCGAGGGCAUCAAACAGGAGAGGAAGCUACGGCCUGUAUCACCUGACAUGACCCGGCGCAAUCACCUGGGAGCAGUCAAAAGCAUCAGCACCCCUCAAGAUCUGAACCGCAGCUCAGACCUGUCCACUCCGGAUGCCCUCAGAAAGCACGCCAGCAGCACCCUGGCCCUGUCCGGUCCACCAGCUCACGGGGUGGGAGGGGCUCUUGGUCAGAGGAAGAGGCUCCUGAAGGCACCCACGCUGGCUGAACUCUACAGCUCAGAGUCUGACGAUGAACCCAGUCACAGCUCCUCCAGUUUGUCAGCAUCCCUGUUGGACGGCUUGUCUCCGGGAUCUGUCCUGGGGAAGAACACACCCCCUAGGUUCCUGCCCAUCACCAUGACUCCCCAGCCUGACAGUCGCCCCUCCCCUCAGAGGAGACACUCCAUUGAGAAGGAGCCCCCCACCAGCGUACGACCCUUCACAGCACCCACCAGACAGAGCUCCAAGUCUCUGGAGGACUUCUGCUACCCUGUAGAGUGUCUGGCUCUAACAGUAGAAGAGGUGAUGCACAUCAGACAGGUUCUGGUCAAAGCUGAGCUGGAGAAGUUCCAACAGUACAAAGACGUUUACAACGAACUGAGGAAAGGAAAGCUGUGUUUCUCCUGUCAGACUAAAAGGUUCUCCUUUUUCACCUGGUCCUACACCUGCCAGUUCUGCAAAAGGCCUGUGUGCUCGCAGUGCUGUAAAAAGAUGAGACUUCCCUCUAAGCCGUAUGCCAACCUGCCCGUCUCCUCUCUGGGUCCUACUGCCACUCUACCCAGGGAGGAGGCUGGAGGGACAUUAGCCUUGGACACCCCAGAGAAGCCCUCGUCCAGCCACAGUCUGCGCCGGACUGUCUCCAGGUUAUCUGAACACAACAGCAGUGAGGGGUCUCGUGACAAGCCGGAGCUGGAUCUUCCCAAAGAGCUGACCGACGACUGGUGUACCAUGGAGGUCUGCAUCAACUGUAAGAAGUUCAUCUCUGAGAUAAUCUCCAGCAGCAAGCGCUCUCUAACCCUGGCCACCAAGCGAGCCUGUCUGAAGAGGAAGACCCAGUCCUUCUACUUGUCUUCACCUAACACAGACGAUUACAGACCCUCUGAGAGGACCAUCAACCAGGUUUAGACUACAGACCCUCUGAGAGGACCAUCAACCAGGUUUAGACUACAGACCCUCUGAGAGGACCAUCAACCAGGUUUAGACUACAGACCCUCUGAGAGGACCAUCAACCAGGUUUAGACUACAGAUGCUCUGAGAGGACCAUCAACCAGGUUUAGACUACAGAUGCUCUGAGAGGACCAUCAACCAGAUUUAGUUUUAGGGUUAGACCUCUCGCUCUCUCGUCCGCUCCUUGGGGGACCCUGUUCCUUAGAUAGUGCACUACAUUUGACCAUGGACCCUGGUAGUGCACUACAUCAGAGUUCAUGUUACUGUGUGGAGUAUUUAGCAUGACUCACAGUACUCUGGGCCCUGGCUGUCACAGUACUCUGGGCCCUGGCUGUCACAGUACUCUGGACCCUGGCUGUCACAGUGCUCUGGACCCUGGCUGUCACAGUACUCUGUGGACCCUGGCUGUCACAGUACUCUGGACCCUGGCUGUCACAGUACUCUGUGGACCCUGGCUGUCACAGUACUCUGGACCCUGGCUGUCACAGUGCUCUGGACCCUGGCUGUCACAGUACUCUGGACCCUGGCUGUCACAGUACUCUGUGGACCCUGGCUGUCAUAGUACUCUGGACCCUGGCUGUCACAGUACUCUGGACCCUGGCUGUCACAGUACUCUGGACCCUGGCUGUCACAGUACUCUGGACCCUGGCUGUCACAGUACUCUGGACCCUGGCUGUCACAGUACUCUGGACCCUGGCUGUCACAGUACUCUGGACCCUGGUUCUAGACAGAUGGUCAGUGUGUUAGUAUAUACUACCUACCUGUAAUGGUUCUAGACAGAUGGUCAUU